CUUCUGUUCUUCUUAUUAUUUUUAUUAUUCUAUCUCAUUUGUUUUGACGUUUGGUUUUGACGUUCCAAAUUACAAGUCAAGUGACAGUUCGCAGUAGUAAAGCAAAGUGGUCAUUCUACACAUUUUUAAAAACAGUAGCCAAAGAAAACUCGAUUAUGGCGUUAAACGCCUGUACAAGCAAUUUGUUGAAAAUUACGCAGCAGCCCUUGAAAGCUUUGACAGCCUGUUAUCACCCCAAUGUAAUCGAUCAUUACGAAAAUCCCCGCAAUGUUGGCUCAUUAGACAAGGGCGACGUUAACGUCGGAACCGGCCUAGUAGGCGCUCCGGCUUGCGGCGACGUCAUGAAGUUGCAAAUCAAAGUCGACGAAAACGGUAAAAUUGUCGACGCCAAGUUUAAAACGUUCGGUUGCGGAUCGGCAAUCGCGAGUAGCUCGCUGGCGACGGAAUGGGUUAAGGGAAAAACAGUGGAUCAAGCUUUGAAACUGAAAAAUACGGACAUCGCCAAAGAGCUCUCUUUGCCGCCCGUCAAGUUGCACUGUUCGAUGUUGGCGGAGGAUGCGAUAAAAGCGGCGCUGUCCGAUUAUCGUAUUAAGCAAAAAAAUGGUGAGGCGGCAGAUGUGAAGAGCGCUGCUUGAUGUGUUUCAGGUUGUGAUGUAGAUAUUGUAGGUAUAGUGCAUAUUAUAGAAUGUAAUUGAAAACCUAAAUAAACCUUAGCCCUCA